AAGCAGCCCCAAGCCGCCGUUGCCGCCGCAGCAUGGGCAGCGCCAGCCCUGGCCUGAGCAACGUGUCCCCCGGUUGCCUGCUGCUGUCCCCAGAUGUGGCACUGCGGACAGGGGUGGAGAAGGCAGCAUCGGGGGCAAUGGUCCCCGAGAAGCAGGAAUGGAGUCCUAGUCCACCCGCCACCCCUGAGCAGGGCCUGUCUGCCUUCUACCUCUCCUACUUUAACAUGUACCCCGAGGAUGGCAGCUGGGUCGCCAAAGUCCCCGAGGCCAGCGCCAGGGAGGACCACCCGGAGGAGCCUGAGCAGUGCCCAGUCAUCGACAGCCAGGCCUCUGGGAGCACGCUGGAUGAACACUCCCUAGAGCAGGUGCAGUCCAUGGUGGUGGGCGAGGUCCUGAAAGAUAUCGAGACUGCAUGCAAGCUGCUGAAUAUCACAGCCGACCCUGGGGACUGGAGCCCUGGUAACGUGCAGAAGUGGCUUCUGUGGACAGAACACCAGUACCGGCUGCCUCCAGCAGGCAAGGCCUUCCAGGAGCUGGGUGGCAAAGAGCUGUGCGCCAUGUCUGAGGAGCAGUUCCGCCAGCGGGCACCCUUGGGCGGGGACGUGCUGCACGCUCACCUGGACAUCUGGAAGUCAGCGGCCUGGAUGAAGGAGAGGACCUCGCCUGGGGCCCUUCACUACUGCGCCUCCACCAGCGAGGAGGGCUGGACGGACGGUGAGGUGGAUUCGUCGUGCUCCGGGCAACCCAUCCACCUGUGGCAGUUCCUCAAAGAACUGCUGCUCAAGCCCCACAGCUAUGGCCGCUUCAUCCGCUGGCUCAACAAGGAGAAAGGCAUCUUCAAAAUUGAAGAUUCUGCACAGGUGGCCCGGCUGUGGGGUGUGCGCAAGAACCGGCCGGCCAUGAACUACGAUAAACUAAGCCGCUCCAUCCGCCAGUAUUACAAGAAGGGGAUCAUUCGCAAACCCGACAUCUCUCAGCGUCUCGUCUACCAGUUUGUGCAUCCGGUCUGAGAGCCGCAGAGACCAGAGGCCUACAACCUGCCCUAGGCAGCCACUCUCUGGAUCGCCUGGGCCUCUCUGGCCAAUCUGAAUCCAGAGGCUGCUGGUACCCCAGAAUCCGAGGUCCCCAGACAGACAGCCACUGAUCUGGGGAUACACCUGAGCUCUCUGGGCCCCUCUUCAGGUCGUACACGGGUCCCAGGAGGACAGAGGGAGCUAGCUAGGACUGUUCACAAUGGAGAACUCCCUGAGCCAGGCCUGGACUGUAGAAAUCCCAGAGGAACCACCUAUAGCACACAGGGACCCGACCAAGUCAGCUCACGGGACAGCGAUGUCAGUGGUCUCUUCUCCUGUCACUCGUCUUGUACCAUACCUGGCACGAUGCUAAGAGAUGACUGCACCCUGUGUUGGGGAGCCAAGGGUGCCCUAGGAACGGAUAAUAAAGGUGUAAGAUAACUGACAGGUA